AUUAAUAUAUAUAAAGUAAUGAGAAGAUUGGAAAUCGAUUAAUAGACAUAAACAGAAGAAAAAAAUCACACCUAGAGAGAUAAAUAUUUAACCCCAUAGAGAGAUACUUUUUUAACACCAUAGAAAGAUAAAAAUUUCACCCCAUUGAAAGAUAAAAAUUUCACCCCAUUGAGAGAUUAAAAUUUCACCCUUAAAAAUCUUAAUUUAAAAUAGAAUCUACCUUAACCUAAUUAGUCUGGUAAUAUUCCUCUUUAGAAAACAGAUCUAUUCCAAUCUCCAUUUUUAAAUUAGAAUAAAGAACUAAAGAUGAGCACAAAAAUAACUGAAACUAAUGAAAAUGAGGAAAAGACAAAUUAUACCUCGAAAUCUAGUGAACUAAAUAAUUAAAUUAUCAAAUGUGCUAAUCAAAAACAUCAAGACUCUGUUAGAAUGGUUGUACUUGAUCCUGAUUUAAAGUGCCAUGAAAGACUUUUGUGUUUAGAAUGCAUAAGUGUAAGCGAGUAAAAUACAAAAACAAUUGGAAUAAAAAAAGUUAUGGAGAAAACCCAAGAAAAUUAUAAAAAGAAAAGGGAUUUUAGAGAAAUUAUUGCCUAAUAACAUUUUAGAGAACUUGAAUAGUUAAGAUAACACUUAUUAACAUUAAAAAGCUUCUUAAACAAAAACUUAGAUGAAAUGAUCGAAAAUGCAAACAUGUGGAUGACAGAUUUGUAAAACUUCAAAAAAAUAGAAUAUAAUUUAGAUAAAGAAAUAUAAUGGUUAAUUGAUUAUGAUUAAAAAGUUGAAAUAGAGUAAAUGAUUGAUGAAAUAAAGCCAUUGAAUACGUAAUGGGUUUCCAAAAUGAGUGAUAAAUUAGAGAUUUUUUCUACAUUUCAAACAUAUUCCCUUUGUCAAAAUAUAUUGAAUAAUUUAACUCUAAGGAAAAAAAGCCAACAAAAGGAAAAAUAAGAGUAUAAUUAGUAAUAGGGAUAAAAGUAAAAUAUCCAACAACUUCAAAGACCAUCCGCCACUCCAAAUUAAAUACAUAAUAGACGGUUAAUAAAAAACUGA